AUGACUACAGGUAUACCUUCACAAUCCACUUCUCAACCUCCAACACCAACACAAUCACAAAUACAAACACAAAAUACAAAUAUAUUAAAUGAUAAUAUGAUUAAUAAUAAUGUUGGUUUAUUGAUAUCCCUAACUCCACAAUUAGUUGGUAAUAUAGAGAUUAAAUUUAAAGUUGGAGAUAAUAUUUCAAUUGGUAGAAGUAAAACAUGCAAUAUAAUAAUAUCAGAUAUUAUUAUAAGUGGUAAACAUUGUAUGAUCAGUAGAGCUGAUAGUGGUCAAGAAAAAGAGAGUUUUGGUUUACUAUUAGUACAGGAUCUCAGCACAAAUGGAACUUUUAUUAAUGGUAAAUUAAUUGGUAAAGGAUUAUCCAGAGUUAUAAAAUCAGGAGAUAGAUUAACACUGGGGAAAUCAACAAAAGAAAUUGAUAUUUCAUUUUUAUAUAAAUCAAAUAAUAUACAGAGUAAUAGUAGCAACAAUGAGGAGAAUGUUGAGUUUCUAUGGGAAAAAAAGGGUAUCAAAAGUGAUGUUUUAAAAGAUUACGAUUUUAUUAGAGAAUUGGGAAGCGGUAAUUUUAGUAUAGUUUACGAAGGCAUCAAUAAAACCACUAGUAAAAGGGUAGCAAUCAAGCAUUUAAAUCUCACCAAGGUAUACACACAAUCAAAUAAAUUCAAGUCUCAAUUAAAUAGAGAAAUUGAAAUCUUAAAAUUUGUUAAACACGAAAACAUUAUAGAAAUAUUUGAUAUAUUUUAUACCAACGAUCAGCAGUUAUUUUUUAUAUUGGAAUUAGCAAAUGGUGGGGAAUUAUAUAAUAAAAUUGGAUUUAACGAGCCCCUAUUAAAUGAAAUUCAAGCAAAGUUUAUAUUUAAACAAAUUUUAGUAGCUAUUUCAUAUCUUCAUAGUAAGGGUAUUGCACACAGGGAUUUAAAACCAGAGAAUAUUUUGUUUGAAAGUUUUGGUGAAGAUUAUCUUAAAAUUAAAAUUACAGAUUUUGGUUUAGCUAGGUUUAUUCACGAAGGAGAGCUUGCUAAAACAUUAUGUGGUUCACCACUAUACGUUGCACCAGAGGUAAUUUUGUCACUAGGAAAAGCAAAUCCAAGAUUUAAUACUUCUGGUAAUUAUAAUAAUAGUAAUAAUAAUAAUAAUGGUAGUCCAUCUCCCACAAAAAAGGAUUUGUCUUUAUCUACAGGUUAUGGUAAAUCUUGUGACGCUUGGUCAUUAGGUGCAAUUUUAUAUAUUAUAUUAAGCGGUACACCUCCAUUUGAUGAUAAGGAUGAUGAAGAAAUCUCAACUCCUCAAUUAUUUGAAAGGAUUAUUUCAGGUAAUUAUAAAUUCCCAACAUAUAUUUGGUCAAAGAUUUCAAGAGAUGCUGCAGAUUUGGUUAAAAGAUUAUUGACUGUCGACCCAAGUAAAAGAUAUACCGUCGAGCAGGCUUUAGCACAUCCAUGGAUAAAGGGUUUAAAUGAAAAUACAAAUCCAUUUACAAAUAAACCCAUUUCACCACCAAUUUUAUCAUCAGGUCAAAUACCCCCAACAUCACCAGUUAAGAUUUAUAGUGAUAGUUUAGAUAGUAAUAAUAUUGUAAAAGAUAAUAGUAAUAAUUGUACAGAUAUUGAAAAUAAUAAUGAUAAUGAUAAUAAUAAUAAUAAUAUAACAAUACCAACAACAUUAAAAAGAAAUUUGUCAUCCUCGGAAUCUACCAAUGGUACAGAUAAUAAUAAUAUAAAUAAUAGUUUUAUUUCGGGCACAAAUACUUUAUUAAAUCAAUUAAAUAUAAGAGAUAUUGGCGAGCCCGUUAAAAAAAGAAAAACAUUCUAUAAAACUUCAAAUUCCAAAGAAAAUAUUUAUAAUAAUCCAUUUUUAAGUUCAAGUCAAUAA